AAUUUAAUUUAAUAAUGAAAGUGAUCCUUCAUUAAAAAUAAUUAAUCACAAGUCAAACAUCUCCUAGGGAAUAUUUGGAGGUAAGAUACAUGUGUCUAUGAUGUGCCCCUAAGGUGUUCAAUGAGAACACAAUCAAUAAAAAAUACACACCAUGUAGCAUGUCCGACGUGUUCCGAUGUGCCUGAGGUGUGACAGUGUCUGACACACCUCAGACAUGGUUACAGCAACUAAUUUUAAGUGUCCUUGUAUCAUAGGUUCUGCCACACGGACAUGCUGCUAGAAUGGAAAAUAUGCGGUUUAUUAAAAGUUCCUUGUUUUAUCUAAGUCAAUGUUUGCCAUUGUGGCUGCCUCAAGCUAUGAAGUGCUCUUAGUCUGUAUUUUACAAACUCGGCAGUAAUAGUUAUUCCAGCCCCCCUUUCCACAAUGUGUAUUUUAAAUGUAGUGUUACAAAUUCUUGACUACAGUUAUCUUGGCUUGAAAAAUAAACUUGAUGUCACCCACCUGCAGCGUGUCUGUCUGCUUUCUCACUUUCUCUCUCUUGCCCUCCCCCUCCAAAGGAGCACAUUAACAUAGUAAUAAUAUGGUGACAAAUUGGCCCUAUUGUGGGAAGGAAACUUCACAGCUAUUUCUAUUUGUCUACAGUGUGGGGAAGUCAACUCUUUUGACACUCCUGACGGGAACACAUUCAGAAGCUGCAUCAUAUGAGUUCACAACUCUUACCUGCAUUCCUGGGAUUAUUCACUAUAAUGAUACUAAAAUUCAAUUACUUGAUCUUCCUGGAAUUAUUGAAGGUGCUUCUGAAGGCAAGGGGCGUGGUAGGCAGGUUAUUGCUGUUUCAAAGUCAUCAGACAUUGUGUUGAUGGUUCUUGAUGCCUCAAAAAGUUUGAUCCCAUGCAGGUGCAGCCACUUAUGGUUGUCCCAUGAACCACAGACACGUGGCAUAUGGUAGAUGUGGACACGUGCUGGAAAUGAGUUGGACUUUGAGACAUCUUCUAUGUGUAAGAAAUUAUGUAGUAUUUUGUUUUUAAAAAUUGAUUGUGAUGGGACACAACACUUAGUUUGGUUUGGAUUUGUUUUUUGUUUUUAAAAAUUGAGAAUGGCAUGGACAUUCUCUGGACAAGUUGUAGACAAAAGAGUAAGGCAUGAAUAAGAGAGGAAAGAAUGUUCAGUUGGCUCCUUAUGUUCUUGAUAUCAAGAGAGGAAAGGUUCUACAGUUGGCACCUUGAGUCCUUGAUAUCUAAAUUUUAACUGUUUUCCAUGGCAUUUUUCCAAGCUUCGGAGUUGAAAACUGGUCUUAUGUUGUUCUGCCUAUAAAAAUAAAAUAUUGCCCAAACCAUUUAUAAUCUGUAACAAUAUGUGUGAUUUACUUUAUGUUCAGUUAUUAUUUACAAUAACCAGUCACAUUUGUAAUUUGCUGUCAUUCCAUUUAUAAAAGUACCCUGUCUAUUU